CUGUCGACGCUGGAAAAAUUAUUGGAUAGCAUGCGUGAGUUCUCGUACGGUGAAUAAACAUCUAUUCUAGAUCAACUUUACCAAUAUGGAAACCGGACUCGCAAUUCGUUUCUUUGCCUGUAUGGUGGCUCUUCUUGUGUUUCCUAUGGAAGUCUUUUGUGCAGAUAUGAGCUACAAUCUACCAGAAGAAAUGAAGCGCCAGCAUGUUAUCGGAAAUGUGGCCAAGGAUCUCGGGAUUCAUGUAAAACAAUUAUCAGAUCGAAAGGCUCGAAUAGACACAGAGGAUAACAGCAAACGGUAUUGUGAUAUUAAUCUAAAUUCUGGUGAAUUAUUCGUUGUAGAGAGUGUAGACCGUGAGGAGCUUUGUCGUUCUCGAUUUUCCUGCAUUCUCAGUUAUGAGCUUGUACUUGAAAAUCCUCUUGAAGUGCAUCGCAUUUUACUACAAAUUCAGGAUAUAAAUGACAACGCACCACGAUUUCCAAAUGAACGCAUUAACUUUGAAAUCACAGAAUCAGCAGAUAAAGGACAGCGAUUCCGUUUGCUUGAUGCGCAUGAUUCAGAUAUUGGACACAACGCAGUGAAGAGCUACUCACUACAGAAAAAUGAACAUUUUACUUUAAGUGUUCGUGAUAGUGGAGAUGGAGGAAAAUACGCUGAACUCGUCCUUGAAAAGGAAUUGGAUCGUGAACAACAGAAGGAGAUGAAUAUGAUCCUUACAGCCACCUGAUGGUGGUACACCACAGAGAUCUGGUACUGCUGUUAUACACAUCACUGUUCUAGAUGCUAAUGAUAAUGCUCCAGUGUUCAGUCAGUCUGUUUAUAAGGUUACUCUGCCUGAAAAUACACAGCCGGGUACAUCA